GAGGACCGAGGUCCACUCUCUUUAUCAUCACCACUCUCAAAGCAAAACCAGAAGAUAUUCCCCUUCUUUCCUCACUGCUUUCAUCUCUCUCUCUCCCUCCAAACUCCUUCAUCAUCCAACGGUCAAUGAUUUGCGCAGCACCAAUUCGAUCGGCCACCAUUUUGCCUGCGUAGGUGAAGGUAUUCUCGUCUGCAAAAUGAAGAAGCUGUUUCUAAUUGCUCCAUUUCUCCUUGCUUCAACUCUCUCCUUUUGUUUCGCAACGUUCGCUUCCGGAGCCGCUGUAUUGCCGAAAGAUGAAGUGGAAGCUUUACGUGACAUAGCGAAGAGUUUGGGGAAGACGGACUGGAAUUUCAGCGUCGAUCCGUGCAGUGGAGAAUACGGUUGGGUUAAACUCGACCAACGGAAAGGAUUUGAAAAUGCUGUUACUUGUAACUGCUCUUUCUCCAAUGCCACUGUGUGCCACGUCGUCAGCAUAGUCCUCAAAGCGCAGAAUCUCCCGGGCAAACUCCCACCAGAUUUGGUCAGGUUGCCUUACCUCCAACAAAUUGACCUCACCCGCAACUACCUCAACGGUUCAAUUCCUCCGGAAUGGAGAUCCACGCAGCUGGUCAACAUUUCCCUUCUUGGAAACCGGUUAACGGGUUCUAUCCCCAGAGAGCUUGCACACAUUACCACUCUCAAAAGCUUUACGGUGGAGUUCAAUCAGCUUUCCGGAAAUCUUCCUCCAGAGCUUGGCCAUAUGCCCUCCAUAGAAAGAUUUCUCCUCAGCUCGAAUUAUUUUACUGGGGAGUUGCCUGAUUCAUUUGCAGGGCUGAUCACAUUGAAGGACUUUCGGAUCAGUGACAAUCAGUUUUCUGGAAAGAUACCCAAUUAUAUUCAAAAUUGGAAAAAGCUUGGAAAACUAGUGAUUCAGGCAAGUGGUUUGAAGGGGCCAAUUCCUCCUGGCGUUGCUCUUUUGGAAAAGUUAUCUGACUUGAGAAUUAGUGACUUGAAUGGAUCUGAAGAACCAUUUCCACCACUUAAUAAUCUGACACAGUUGAAGACACUGAUAUUGAGGAGUUGCAAUAUUACUGGACGGCUACCUGAAUUUCUUGGGGAUAUGACAACGUUGAAAACUUUAGAUCUCAGCUUUAACAAACUAAGAGGAGAAAUUCCAAGCAGCUUUGCAAGUCUACAAAAAUCAGAUUACAUAUAUUUAACGGGCAACUUGCUAACUGGACAAGUGCCUCUGUGGAUGCUGAAUAAAGGGGACAACAUUGAUCUUUCAUAUAACAACUUCACGGUUGGGAAUUCUGGGCUAUCAGUUUGUCAACAGCGUAGUGUGAACUUGUUUGCAAGCUCUUCAAUUGGCAAUAAGUCUGGCAUGAUUUCGUGUUUGAGAAGCUUUCGCUGUUCACAUUAUUGGUACAAUGUUCAUAUAAAUUGCGGUGGAAAAGCAGUAACUAUCAAUGUCACUACUGCAUAUGACGCUGAUACUGAUACCAGUGGACCUUCAAAUUUUUUCCAGAGUGCACAAAACUGGGCAUUUAGCAGCACUGGUGACUUCAUGGAUAAUGAUGACCAAAUGGACCCACUUUUAUUAACAAAUUCAUCCAGACUCUCUAUGACCAACCCUGAACUGUACAUGACUGCACGCCUUUCGCCUCUCUCUCUUACUUAUUAUGCUUUUUGUUUGGGAAAUGGAAAUUACAAAGUCAACCUCCAUUUUGCGGAGAUAAUGUUCACUGACGAUAAAACAUAUAGCAGCUUGGGAAGGCGUAUAUUUGAUAUUUACAUUCAGGGAGAGCUGGUAUGGAAGGAUUUCAACAUUGUGAAAGAGGCUGGUGGAGCUGGUAAGGCAGUUAUAACAAAUUUUACUGCUGUUGUGACUAGUAAUACCUUGGAGAUCCGUUUCUAUUGGGCUGGGAAGGGGACAACUGGUAUCCCAGACAGAGGAGUCUAUGGUCCUCUUAUUUCAGCUAUUUCUGUGGAUCAUGACUUUAUGUCCCCAUCAGAAAAUGGAACUGUUAUAUCUCUAGGUGCAAAGGUUGGGAUUGUUGCUGCUGGAGCUUUUGUUAUAUUUUUGGUUCUGGGUAUCCUCUGGUGGAAGUGCUGUCUAGGACAGAAAAAUAAAAUGGAACAAGGAUGA